GGGAAUUUUAUAUCUCCGCCUCUCUCUCUCUCUCUCUCUCUCUCUCUCUCUCUCUCUCUCCCUCUCUCUUUCUCUCUCUACCUCUCUCUUUAUAUAUAUAUUUCUGUAUUUGUAUUCUCCAAUUCCAAUUUCCGCGAGAAUGGCGAGCUCUACCACGUCCAACGUGUACAUCCAUGUCAUAGAGGACGUCAUAAACAAGGUGCGUGACGAGUUCAACGGCGGCGGCGGCCCAGGCGAGGGCGUACUCAGCGAGCUCCAAGGAUUAUGGGAACUGAAGAUGAUGGAAGCUGGAGCGAUACUGGGUCCCAUAGACAGGUCGGCAUCUCAAAAGGGGGCAGGGGGUCCUAUCACCCCCAAUCCCGUGCAUGACCUGAACGUACCGUAUGAGGGGACCGAGGAGUACGAAACUCCCACUGCUGAUUUACUUUUUCCCCCGACUCCGUUGCAAACACCACUGCCCGGAACUGCACAGACACCACUGCCUGGAAUGGCUCAAACGCCGUUGCCUGGAACAGCUCAGACUCCUCUUACUGGAAGCGAUAGUGGUUCACUGUAUAAUAUUCCCACUGGUGGCACCCCAAUCACCCCUAAUGAGUACGUGUCUCCGAACGACAAUGUUGGUGUUUCUGAGGUGAAGGCUGGACCUGGAAGACCUAGCCCAUACAUGCAGCCGCCUUCGCCUUGGCAAAAUCAGAGGCCUCCUCUUGAUGUGAAUGUUGCUUAUGUGGAAGGUCGUGAAGAGAGUGAAAGGGGGGGCCCUCAUCAGCAAACAACUCAGGAUUUCUUUGUGGCUUCUGGAAAGAGAAAACGGGAUAACUUCCCUCCACAAUACCAAGCUGGUGGAUACAUUCCACAGCAGGAUGGAGCUGGAGACAAUCUGUCAGAUGAAAUGAAGGUGGUUCUCGAUGUCAUUGGUCAAGGGGGAACAUCAUCUUCUAGGAUCCCUCAGUCUGAUGGUCCCAUACCUGACCCGUAUGAUGAUGUGCUUUCUACACCUAACAUAUACAAUUAUCAAGGAGGAGUUGUCAAUGAAGACUACAACAUAGUGAACACGCCUAUGCCAAAUGAGAUGCUAGCAGCAACUCCUGCUCCAGUACAGAAUGAUGUCAUAGAUGAUGACGAGGAUGAACCCUUGAACGAAGAUGAUGACGAUGAUGGUGAUGAAUUGGACGAAGGGGAGGAUCUGAACACAACCCAUUUGGUUCUGGCUCAGUUUGAUAAGGUGACGAGAACUAAGAGCAGGUGGAAGUGCACGUUGAAGGAUGGCAUUAUGCACAUUAACAAUAAAGAUAUUCUGUUCAACAAGGCAACAGGAGAAUUUGACUUCUGAUUUUGUUGGAGAAAAGGCAAAAAUGGUUCCGCCUGCUCAGUUCAGCGGGAAAAAAAAACAGUCAUAUUUCGUUUCUUUUCAUCGUCUUUGGUCUCUCUAAUCGAAUGAGAAACUCUGAAGAAAUAGAAUGUCAUGACCUUAUGUAAAUACUGGGUUUUGGCUCCACCGUUAGAGUUUAAAGCUUCAAUUAAUCUUGACUCAUGUCAAAUUUCAUUUCCAGCACGUUUGGAAGAUUUUUGUAUUGACACCAAACACACUUUUCUAUUAGUUAAACAUACUAGCACUU